AUGUUUGCGCUGCUGGGGCUCGAUGUCAACACUACCCAUGUCCGAGAGCUGGGGGAGGUUUAUCUUAAUGAGUUCAUUAAGAUCGUGGACAGCCAUGUGCAGGUUACUGCUCCUCUCGUAAGCAAAGUUCCCGAGGUAGUGGAGACUGCAGCACAAGAAGGAAACCCACCAGUCCAGCAGAUUCCAGAUCCCAGCGUCGAGGAGGUCGAGAGGACGCUGCAAAGUGAAAAGGCCAUGGAGAUUGAGUGGAAGCUGCUGGACACGUAUCGUCGAGGACGUGUGAGUAUGCAGGAGCUGAGACUUUUCCUCGCAAAUUGCCAUUCAACACUUUCGAUUGAUGACGCGGUGUAG